CUGAACAGGUCAUUGCUUGGGUCGGACUGAGGGUUCGCUAUACGAUAUCACCACCGGCGACGAUGUCAAACUCGCUGGUACUUAACAACUACCUGGAUGAGCAGUCCGCGAAAAUCAAGACCAAGCUCGUGCCAUGGGAGGGCUACCAACGCGCGGGAUUGAUAACCUCUGAGGAGCUGGCGCGCAUCAAGAAGGUGGACAAGCAGUCGAAGGCGAAAAUCGAGUCGCUGCUGCUGUCUGAAGGGCAGGCAUACACGCUGCUAUACCUCGGCUUGUUGAAGAAGUUGCAGCGGGUCGAUACUAUGCAAUGCAUACUGGUUCUUAUUGGCGACGCUUUGAUAGACCACGAGGAGCGAAUAGCGUUGUUCACCAGGGCAUCGGAGACGGAUCCCGAGCUUCCUUACGGUCCUCUGCUCAAAGCAUUGGAAACGCAAGACGAUUUCGUGCAGCUCAAAUCGACCCAAAUCCUUACCAUCCUUCUGAGCUCGUACUCGACACCACUUCCUCAACAAGUGAUCCAGCCCUUCCUCGUCACCCUCGCCGCCUUCGUCCAGGGCCCCACGCCGAAUAAACGCGACGUCGCCGUUCAGUGCCUAGAGGCACUCCUUCCCCGCCCUGAGACACGGAAAGCUGUAUGGCGCAUUCCGGGUGUUAUCGCUGGAUUGAAAGAUAUCCUUGGCCACAAACCCGGGCCGCAAAUGAGCUACCAAGUCGUGUUCUGCUUCUGGCUGUUGACGUUCGAUCAAGAGGUCGCCGAGCAGCUGAACAAGAAAUACGACGUGAUCCCGCUACUAACCGACGUCGCGCAGAAUGCGGUGAAGGAAAAGGUCAUCCGAGUUGUCGUCGCCACGUUCCGGAACCUAGUGACCAAAGCACCGUCCGCCAACCUGCCCGCGAUGCUCGUCGCGCAACUUCUGCCCUUCGCCAAGAACCUCAGCACGCGCAAAUGGACUGACGAAGAUAUCGCGGAGGACGUUGCGUUCUUGCGCGACGAGCUGAAUGCUCGAUUCCAGAGUUUAACGACGUACGACGAGUACAGCUCGGAGUUGACAUCGGGACACCUCUCUUGGACACCCGUGCAUGAAUCCGAUGACUUCUGGAAGGAGAACGCGACGAAGCUGAACGAUUCGGAUUACGCACAGCUCAAGAUCCUCGUCAAGCUACUGCGAGAAUCCGAAGACCCCGUCGUGCUCGCCGUCGCCGCGCACGAUGUGGGCCAAUACGUCAAACACUACCCGCAAGGAAAGAAGAUCCUAACAGAUCUAGGAGCGAAAACGCGCGUGAUGGAGCUCAUGACGCAUCCAGAUCCAAACGUGCGCUACCAGGCGCUCGUCUCCGUCCAGCGGCUUGUCAGCCAUCCGUGGGCGGUUGUCUAGGCUCGGCGUCUCGGGAAGUACUAUGAUGGAAUCCGAUCAUGGCGACGACGUUUCGUAAUAAACGGACUAUGUCGGCUUAAGGAUUAGAUAUCGAACACUGACAAAGCCCUUGAAUAUUAAGUGAACAUUCAACAACGUUAACGUUCAGGCC